AUGGAACAAGUAAAUAAUGUUAAUGAUAUACUAUUAAAUGAGCAAAAUUUUUUGAAUGCAUUACAAAUAUAUGUUGAUGGUAGGCAGGGAGAAAGUGUUAUGCUAGCGGGGAAGUACAUAGAAGAAUGCCUCAAAAACAAGACGCUUUUUGUUAAAUGGUCAUCUAAAGUUAUAGAAGAAUAUUUGGGAAAUCAUAGUAAUACAAUUUAUACUUUGCAUCACAUAAGUUUCCUGUUUCAAAUGUUACGUCUUUGUUUGAUAAAUGAUCCUUUUAAUUUUGAUUGUGAAAUGAAAGAACAAGUAGUGAAGUUGGGAUUAAUUUGUUCCAAAAAAUCUUAUGUUCAAUUGGCAAAAGAUCCUAGUGUUAUAACACAAUUUAAUACAAUUAUGAAUGCUUUUUGUUGUUACUAUCUUGUUAUUCCUUAUGAUACAGAUUUUAUAAGGAAUUUUGGUGAAUGGUUUUUAAGUGAGGGUGAAAAUUAUGAAUUUUUAUAUUUAACCGGGUUAAAUUAUUUAUUUGAGGAAUUGGCUAAUAAACAACUUCCAGUCGGUGAUAAUAGAAGAACUACUUUUAAAAUAAUCGGGUACCUGUAUAUUCAAAAUAUUACAAUCUUUAUUGAACUUAUUUUAAAUUUAAUUUUUGAUAGAAAUGUUCCUGAUGAAACAUUAGAAGUUGCUUGUGAUUUUAUUAUGGAUUUAAUGAUGGUGAUUGAGAGAUCAUUUGAUAGUUUUAUUAGUAUGGGAGCUAUAAAUACUUUUGUAGAUUCACAUUUUGAUUAUGUUGUUGAACUAUCAAAAAUGGGUGAUUCAAUGAAAUUAAAAAGUAUUUGUAGAUUACUUGUUGAGAAAGCAGAAGCUUCGCGUUUUGAUAUAGUUGAUAAUUUGGGUAAUGAUCAUGAAUCUUUUAAAAAUUUUGAGUAUAUAAAUUUUAUUGCAAAACUUGGAGUAGAUUAUGCUGAUAUGACAUUACCAUUUUGGGGUGAAAUUACAGAGGCUGUUCUUCAAAUUAUGGAUGAAUUGGAAGAAAAUGAUCUUGUAGAAAGAACUAAUAUACAAACAAAAUUGUCGGGUCCUUUAAAAGAAUAUUACAAAAUUCUUAUUUCUAAAAUGAUGAUUGAUGAAGAUCAAGUAGAUGUAUUAACAUCUGACCAUGAUGAAGAUUUAUAUACAUUUAGGAAUAACAUCACAAAUAUUAUUGGAGAGACAUCAAAUAUAGUAGGUGUGACGAAUACUCUUGAAUUAUUUUAUAAUUGGUUACGUGAAAACUCUUCUGAUUGGAGAAUGAGUGAAUCUAUAAUUUUUAUGAUAUCAGUUUUAGGUUAUGAUGUUGUACAAUAUAUGGAAUAUGAAAAUAAUGAUUACGUAGUAAAUAUGUUAAAACAAUUAAUGAGUAGUGUACAAAAUGUUCAUCCACAAAUGAUUGCUAGUAUAUUAGAAUUAAUAAGAGAAUUUAUUGAAAUGGUUUCGGGAAAUAUAGAAAUUCAACAGUUAACAUUAGCUUAUAUAUCGCAAUUUAUUGCUGAUCAAAGAUUUUCUCAAGUUUGUUGCAAAAUUUUUGAAAUUUUAGUUAGUCGUGGAAAAUUAUAUGAUAUUAAUUGUUUAGAAGCAUUUUUACAAUUACCUUUAUAUUUUGAGAAUGCUCCCUCAUGUGCGUAUCAAAAUGAAAUUAAUAUUCAAACAAUUUUAUGUGCAUUAUCUUUAAUGAUAUCACAGAAUUUUGAGCCGCAAAAUUUCGUCUAUUUUUUGAGGCUAUUAGAAACAUCAAUAAAGAGAUUAGAACAUUUAAGUGCAGUGCCUCAGAUUAUUCCAAAUAGUUAUUAUGGAAAAUUUAAUGAUCAACCAUGGAAAGCGAUUGAAAAUGAUCCUUGUUUAUACUUUCAUAGAAUAACAUCUGUAACAAAAAAUAUUAAUUUUUAUGAGAUAGUUCUUAAAUUUCCAGAAACUAAAAUACCUAUACAAAAUUUAGAAUUUCAAUUAUGGAGUACUAUGAAAAAAAUAAUGUCACGAUUGGAAGGAAUAAAACAAUUAGAUAACGCUACACGUGUAGUACGUAUUAUGCUUCGUCAAGGUAGUAGUUUAUUUAGAGAAAUUAGUAUUGAAACAUUAAGAUUAUUCCUAGAACGUCAUCAAUAUCCAUUUAUGUAUAUUGUGUCUGUUGCCAUAGAUGUACGUGGUGAUGAAUUAAUGCAAUUGCCGGAGUUUUACAAUCCAUUAAAAGCACUUAUUAAAAUAUGUAUCGAUAAUUUCAAUCCAGAUAACAAAGAAUUUUUAAGUUUAGUUGAUGUUGUAGAUGAUUUUUAUAGAUUAAUUAAGAAACUUUUACAUAAGCACAAAAAAUUUCUUUUAUCACUUGCUGAAUUUGACAAAAUAAUAUUAGUUGCAAUUGCUGCAAUGCAAUUUGAAGAAUUUUCAGAUUAUGAAUGUCAUGUUGAUAUAUUAGAUACAUUUUAUGGAGACAUUAAAGAAAUCCCAUCAAAUGAAGUAGAAUUUAGAUCAAAAUAUGAAAGCAAAUUAAAUGAACAUAUGCAAUAUUUUCUUAACAUUGCUUUACAUACAAUAAUAUUUAAACUUUAUCGUAUCAAACGAUGUAACAAUGUUUGUGAUGCAUUAUAUUCAGUAUUUAGAUAUGAUAAAAAUCAAUUUUUUGAAAAGUUUCGAAUAUCACUUUCUACGAUACCUAAUACAAGAAACUUAGGUGCUGAUGAGAGUCAAAAACUUGAAUUUAUCUCUCAGUUAAAUUUAAUAGAAACAAAAAAUUGGUCAAAACAUAGAUUUAACAGUGCAUUCCAAGAUUUUGCGAAAUAUUAUAACUGA